GCAUUUUAAAAUCACGAAUUAAUCUAAUAGGACAUCAUCUUUCCGGAGGACAUUCAACCCGUUUUUUAAUUACAGAUGAUUAACAGACUUUCGGCUCAGAACAUUCUAUCUAACGUUUCAAAGCUGGUGCAGAGUCAAGCGCAAGUGCAGAUUGCUUGCACCAAACUUGUUGCCUCAAGGAUCAUUGCUCCGUCACGGAGCAUCACUUCCGCUGCGUAUUUGGGACAAAGUAUAUCAAAAGGGAGCCAACAACAACAACAGCAAUGCCUUAUUCAUCGUCAUCGUUAUUCGACGCGCUUUAAACUAUCAUUAUCUUCGCAGAAGGAGCUUUGCAGAGAUUCAGGAUUAACAACAUCAGUAACCGAUGGAGUAUCUUUGAGUAGUACCUUUGCAUUUCCACGCAGCAUAGUACCGAUUCGGGCCUUUUCGACCUCAGGACCAGCUCUGGAUGAUGGAGGUGGACAUCAUUUUGACACACAUCGAUUUGUAGAGAAACUGGAGCGGGAAGGCUUUUCACGACAGCAGUCAGAGGCUAUUAUGAAUGCAUUGGACGAGGUUAUUACAGAAAGCAUGAACAAUCUUACGAAGAACAUGGUGACAAAAGCUGAUCAGGAUAAGACGGUCUACACCUAUAAAGUCGAUUUUGCGGCUCUAAAAUCUGAAUUGCAAAUGUUGGAAAAAAAUGAUUUUUCAUUGACAAACACCAACAAUGAACGUCUAGUCUCUGAGAUUGAGAAGCUGCGUCAACGUUUGAGAGAAGAAGUAGCACGUACACAGGCAGGAGUCCGGUUGGACUUGAAUCUUGAAAAGGGACGAAUCCGAGACGAAGCUGCGACACAGGAAUUGAAGGUUCGAGCGACAGAGGAAAGGAUUGAACAAGAGAUUGCAGCAUUGAGAACACAGAUGGAGACGAUCAAGUUGCAGACUUUACAGUAUAUGAUUGGUACCAUCACUGGUGCAGGAGCCUUGAUCUUGGCCUACCUGCGCAUGUUCAAGUAGAAAAAAAUAAUAAGAAUAAAAUUAAUUAGAG